UCCCCUCCUCCACAGCCCUGUCGGCCCCCAUGCCUUUGUGUGUGUAUGUGCGCGUUUUGAAGCUGACUGCGUACCCGAAAACCGUGUGACGGAUGCCUUGCAUAAAAAAUAAGCUUUUUUGGAAUUUCAAAUGUAUCCGUGUUAUAUAUUCUAUGGGAAAUAGGAAAACCUGGAGGUGCAAGUAAAGGGGAGGAACCGGUGGACGCACGUGAAUCUCUCACUUAUCCAAAGCCAGGGAAUAGAAAGGAGAGGAACGCGUUGCCAGCAAGUGCCGCAAAUUGGACUUUCCACCAUCAGCAACCCUCCUCUCUCUCCUCUCUCCUCUCUCUCGCCAUCCCUGCUCCUCCUCUGUAGGUCUCCCCACUUUCUUUCCAUCCAACCUCAUUCUCCCAGUCUCCUUCAGUGAUCCCAGAAUAGCCUCACAUCGGAGCGCUCUCUAAAUAAUAGUGGGGGGGUUUGGAUUUCGGGGUGACUUGGGAGACGCCGGAGAUGGAUUAAAGGGACUUUGCACCGCAAAACUGGAGCAGCACGCACGACCACGCCGGGGAGCAAGGGGGCGACGGGACUCGGUGAAUUCACGGAGCCCCCGGGACAGAGGCUGUGACUGGACCCACCCCAAGAUGACGUCCCCCAAAAACAAAGCCAAGAAGAAACCACCCAAAGACAGCAUGACGCUGCUGCCAUGCUUUUAUUUUGUAGAGCUCCCCAUCGUCCUGUCCUCCCUGGUGUCCCUGUACUUCCUGGAAUUGACAGAUGUGUUGUCCCCGGCGAUGGUGGGCUUCCGUUGCCAUGACCGUGACCUCUCCAUGCCCUACGUGGAGACGGGCGAUGAGCUCAUUCCUCUGUUGAUGCUGCUGAGCUUGGCCUUCGCUGGUCCUGCAGCGUCCAUAAUGAUGGGGGAGGGCCUGAUGUACUGUAUGCAAUCCAAACUGAAGACAUGUCCCAAGUCGGAGAGCAGCAUCAAUGCUGGAGGCUGCAGCUUCAACUCCUUCCUACGCAGAACAGUGCGCUUCGUCGGUGUCCAUGUGUUCGGUCUCCUGGCAACAGCCCUGGUGACAGAUGUCAUCCAGUUAGCUACUGGUUACCACGCCCCUUUCUUCCUCACCGUCUGCCAGCCCAAUUACACGGCCCCGGGAGUGUCAUGUGAUAACAAUGCCUAUAUCACACGGGACAUCUGCAUGGGGAAAGACCAGUAUGCCAUCAUGUCAGCUAGGAAAACAUUUCCAUCCCAGCAUGCAACGCUCUCUGGCUUCGCUGCUGUCUAUAUCUCCAUGUAUUUCAAUGCCAGCAUCAGCAGCACAACAAAGCUGCUGAAGCCGUUGCUGGUGUUUGCUUUCUGUAUGGCGGCGGGCCUUGCCGGGCUGACACAGAUAACUCAGCACCGCAGUCACCCAAUAGAUGUAUACGUGGGAUACCUCAUAGGAGCCGGCAUCGGAGUCUACCUGGCUGUGUACGCAGUGGGAAACUUCAAAGCAUCAGAAGAAGAUGCUCUCUCUUUACAAAGACUGACCCCAGCUCAGCAGAAGGACGGCCUGAGGGUGCUGAGUCAGCGGAGUCAUGACUCCCUGUACAGGAAGACUCCCAGGGUGUCUGAGAGCAGAGAGGAGCUUGGGGUGGGGCUGGGGUCCGGGGCCCGCAGUAAGGUGAGGAGGGAGAAGGCAUCCCUGGCCUCCCUCAAAAGAGCGAGUGCUGAUGUGGAGCUACUGGCAACCCGGGGUCCCAUGGGCAAGGAAACCAUGGUAACCUUCAGCAACACCUUGCCCCGAGUCGCAAACGGCAACAGCCCCAUCUCCCCCUCAGAUGAGCCAGCUACCACACAGCGUCACAUGACCUUCAAUGUGCCCUUUGACCCCCAAAGGUCUCGGCAGCUGGUGUCAGAGUGGAAGCAGCGCUCGCUGGAGCUCCGCAGCCAGAGCUCACGAGACGAGGAGGAGGUAAUGGACGAAAGAGAUGGAGGAGAUGAAGGAGGAGCAGCAGCAGGAGAGGGAGGAGACCAGGAGAUGCCUUCUUCUCUUUAUCCCACAGUGCAAGCCAACAAGGGCAUUGCCACACCGACUGGAGCCAGGAUGGUGGUGGCACCCCCACUCAUUCAUAUCCCUGAGGAGGCCUCUCGGCCGCCGCCUGUCUCCCCCAAGAGUGCCAAGACCCGCGCCAAGUGGCUGUCACUCACUGAGGGAGGAGGGGUGAAAGAGCCGGGAACAGGUCCCAUUGCGGUGUCGACUCCCCGCGUGCCCAACACACAGCCCAACCAGCCGCCCAGCCAGCAAAGAGUCACUCAGGUGAUAGCCAUGUCUAAGCAGCAGGGUCACGGACCCAUCUCUUCAUCCGCUAAGACAUCAGAAGGUGGCUCCUCCUCCGGCGGGGGGUCCAACUGCUCCGAGUCGCCCUAUUACCGGAUCCCAUCUGAUCGAGACAGCUGCACUGGGAGCAACCCGGGGAGCAUCGCCGGAAGUGGGAGCAUUGUCACAAUCGACGCUCAUGCCCCUCACCACCCGGUGGUGCGUGUGUCAGCCAAUAACGGGAAGCCGUGGGAGUGGAGAAACACCAUCAGCGGUAACAUGAUGGCCGCCGACACAGCAGGGGACAAACAUCGCGUAGCGCUGCAGCGACAGGACAAUGUUAGUCACUACCGGGAUUACCGGACACUCCCAGUGAAAACGGACUCGCUCUGCUCCUCCUCGGCCAGCAGCAGCGUAGAGGGAGGAGGGGAGCUACCUCCCCCACCUCUCCCCACCUCCUCCUCCCCUCUGCCUCCCCCCUCUCAAAUGUUGUCAUCCCCUCUACCUCCACCGCCUCCUCACUCGUCUUCUUCCCCUUUGCCUCCCCCUCUACACCAAAGCUCCUCUCCAAUGCCUCCUCCUCUCCCUCACCCUGCCUCCUCUCACAUGCCUCCCCCUCCUAACCUGUCCUCUCAAAUGCCCCCACCUCCUCACCCAUCUUCCUCCCAAAUGCCCCCACCUCCUCACCCAUCUUCUUCCCAAAUGCCCCCACCUCCACACCCAUCCUCCUGUCAAAUGCCCCCACCUCCUCACCCAUCCUCCUGUCAAAUGCCUCCACCUCCACAUCCAUCUUCUUCCCCUUUGCCACCUCCACCCCACCCCUCAUCCUCCAUGCAUCCACCUCCUCACCCGUCCUGCUCCAGCAUGCUUCCCCCUCCUCCCCAUCCUGACUUACUGAUGGACAGCCACAGCCAGGCACUGUCCCGCUCCUCCACCCUGCCUCGUCGGCCCUCUGUCUCCGCCCGCAGCCAUGCUGAGCAGGAGCACUACUACAAGGCCAUGCAGAAUGAGAGGAUGUUAUAGUGAAGGGGAAAGGCGACAGUCAUCAUUGUCAUAUCAAUGAUUGUACUUCAAAAGACUCAGCUGAAAGAGACAGUGAAACAAAGUAGAUUGUGGCAGGUGAACAGAGAUUUAUGACUUUUGAAAAAUGACAAAAAGGUUUAGAGACCCUGAAUCCAGAACAGCAGCUUCAGUCAAAAUGCUGGAAAUGAAGAGGCAUCAGGGGUGGAGGACCACAGGGCAGUCUGGCAGCUCACACACACUCAGCAGGGGAUCUGGUUUUUCCCUGCUCACACAUACUGCCCACAGCGCCGGCUCAACGGCCCUGAGUGGGAAAAGAACAGACAAGGGAAGAAAGAGGAGUCAAAGUGGAGUGAAAAAUUUAAAACCCUAGUUUCAGCAGUCACAUCCUCUGUGUUUCUAUAAGACACUUUCAAAGAAGGAAUGGAAGAGGCUGCAGCUGAAAGAGAGAUAUUACAAUGAACAGUCGGGAGUUUGCUAAAUCAAGUUUCCCUUGAGAGGGGGGAUAAGACUGAGAAAACAAAACAACUACAGGCAAUACUAGCUCUCCUUAAACUAGCGCAGCUGUUUGCGGUUGCCAGCCAUUACACACAGAGAAAUUUCCGUUGUAACCAGCUGAAAAACUCAACUUCAAUGCACCCAAAAGCUAUGAAUAAAGAAAAGAAGUUCAACCACAGGUUCAACAGUAUUAGCCACAACCCACAAAAGCAUGAGUCUGUUUACCCCUCUGAAUAAACAAACAAAAUGGGGAAUUUUAUGUUUGACGGCAAGCAAAUCUGUCAGUAUCCACCAGAGAGAGCCAGCUUAGGAAGUGUUACUUCUGGAUGGGGUGUAAGAAGGAGGAGGAGGGGUGGGUAUAAGGAGGAUCACGCACAGUUGGGCACCCCUAUACAGACGUCACUGAAUGGAUUACUGUUGUAAACAUGAGAGGCAGUGGAAUGGAAAGAGAAUUGUUCCUAAAGUUAAGAGGGUGGCUGGGCUGCACAGCACAGCAAGCCAGGCAGCCAGUCUGUCUUUGCUGUGUGCAAAACCUGCCGCGGAGCCUGAAGCAGCACUAAGGAGAUUAACGUUUGUUUAUCAAACCAUGCUAGCACACUCUUCCCUCCGUAGCCCUUCACAUUGGCCCUCUGGCAAGUCACAAUGGUGACGUGAAUGUUAAUGCAAAGCUGCCCAGUCAGUAGUGCAGUCCGCCAUCACCACCAACAAGCACAUUGGCUGAACCAGGUGUUGCUUGGAUGCGGCUUGUGUUGCUGGCAAAGGUUUUGGUACCACUUUCUAACUAUGCAUACUUUAUAAGUUGCUUUAUUAAUGAUAGUUUAUUUAUGCUUUACAGAUCAGUUUACUUAUGCUUUACAGAUCAGUAAUAAGACAUUCUUAAGAGCAACUUUUGGGUUGUCAGGUUGUAAAACAUAUUUAAUUGGUGUACCUUUGUCUUUUUAUCAAGCUAUUUUAUUUUUCAGGAAGAGCUCUGCAGGAAGACUAAAUAAUAUUUACAAUAUUAACUCCUGAUUUUUUUAUUCAUCCAUCUGUCCAUACAUUAUCUAUACCCAUUUAUCUUUGGCAGGUUCACAAGAAAUCGCCAGUCUAUCACAGGGCUACCCUUAUUUAAGUAUGCCUGAUUAGAAAGUGAUGCCAAGAUUGUUUUUAUAUGAAAUAAAUUCCUAAUUUGUUGAGCAGCUGACAGUAUAAACAGCCAACCAACACCAUGACAGAUAAAAAAAUGUCGACAAAACAAUCUCAACUCAAGGUCCACUUGCUCACUUGUGUAUUUAUACUAUGUUGUAUAAAAUUGUUAUAUGGUACCUAUCAUUUCAUACAUCGAAGUUUUUUCAAACUAUCAGAAGAUAUUCCGUCCAAUGACAAGUGCUUUAUUUUAGAUCGUGCUUUGAUCAUAUUUUAAUGAAAGAUACAGACUCACACACAGAUGAAAAAGUUGGUUUUCACUCAUGCACCACAACAUCUGAAGGGUACAUGAACUGAUUUUGUAAAGUUGUGCUAGGAAGGGGCGAGUUAAAUGGAACAAGUUGUAUUUUGUAGUGGAGCUCCUCAGACGAGGAGCUGGUAGAUAAUGUUGCUCGUUGGUUUGUGCUGCAUGUGUGUGUUUUUUUUUACUUCUGUGCUUCAAGUCUGCGCCGUUACCUUUGACAGACAGACAUGCUGCAUUUUUCAGUGCUGGUGAUCAUCGUACUACUUUCCCCCAUUUUGACUGUAAAAAUACUUGAUAUUACCUAAUAUUAUUAAUACUAUUAUCAUUCCGCAGUCCUUUUUUAUGGGCUAAUGUUUUCUAUCUGUGGUGAUGUGUAACAUUAAUAAUCUGAUUGAAUAAAAACUGAAGACUUCUUAA